AUGCAGCUUUUCCUUUGUCCCCUCUCCGCAACCACCUGCCAACAGGUCUCUUCGUUGGAGUCGUCAGUUGCAGCUUCUGUUGCUUCGUCCACUCCGUCAGCGGCCUCGCCCUUCACGACAAUAACCGCUGCGUCUUCACCGGCAAACACAAUUGCCAUCCCUGCCUCCUCCUCCUCCUCCUCCUCUUCCGCCUCCUCCAUCGCCUCCUCCACUUCCCCUACUUCCUCCAGCUCCACUCAUCACGUCACCGCCGGACCCUCCACAUCCGGUAGCACCAAUCUACUCAACCCCAGCAUUCUGCCUCUCUUCCCGACCGGCAUACCCUCUGCUCCGGGGGAUCAGGUCCAUCAGGCAGCCGGACUCACUUCUUCCGCAGGCGGCCUCGCGGCAGCUGAGCCCAUCUCCCUCAUCAAUUCAUCCAGUAAGUCCCAAAUUGGCAAGAAUUGUUAA